GUCAGGGGACUGGCUGGAGGGCUGGCUCAGUGGCUCAGGCUGCUGGCCCCCAGGCAGGCCCGGCCACUCACAGCGGCGGGCACGGAGUGGCUUCGCUCUCAAAGGGCCCCUCCUGCCCAGGGAGAAAGGGGAAGCAGAGGGGACUUCCCUUGUGCGACCUGAGAGGUCAGCAGGGAGAGGGGCCCAGGAGAGGCUGGGGGCUGCCGCUGGCCAGCAGGCGCGCUCGUGCUGUCUGACCCGCUGUGCCGCCUUUCACUGGGGUUACUGCCUAUCCUGCCAGGGAGGCAAGAGCCCCCACCCUGGCCCGGCUGACCCAGGAGGGAACACACCCCCAUCCCUGGGUUGGUGGGGAGGCUCAUGAAGCAUCCAUGUGGCAACGGUAUUUGCAGGGCACUCCAGGCUGGGGUAAGGGUGCACAGAAAUGAUUCCAGGAGGCCGUGUUCUUGGGAAUGGACUCUGCCGGGGCCCGGGAAGGAGGGGCGAGCCAGGCUGCCUGGCCCACGGAGGAGCUGGUCCUGAGUGGAGCCAGCAGCACGGCCUUUGUGCGGUGGGGCGGGGACUGGCUCAGCCCACAAGCCAAAGGAUGGACCCCUUCGUGGACACACUGCAGCGGCUGCGGGAGACCUUCAGCACCGGGCGGACGAGGCCAGCUGAGUUCCGGGCUGCCCAGCUCCGGGGCCUGGACCGCUUCCUGCAGGACAACAGGCAGCUUCUGCAGGAGGCGCUGGCGCAGGACCUGGGCAAGCCAGCCUUCGAGUCUGAGGUGUCUGAGAUUGGCAUCUGCCACAGUGAGAUAAACUUGGCGCUCAGGAACCUUCAGGCCUGGAUGAAAGAUGAGAAAGUGGCCAAGAACCUGGCCACGCAGCUGGACUCAGCCUUCAUCCGAAAGGAGCCCUUCGGCCUGGUGCUCAUCAUUGCCCCCUGGAACUACCCCGUGAACCUGACCCUGGUGCCCCUGGUGGGCGCCCUCGCUGCAGGGAACUGUGUGGCACUGAAGCCGUCUGAGAUCAGCAAGAGCGCCGAGAGGGUCCUGGCUGAGGUGCUGCCUCGGUACCUGGACCAGAGCUGCUUCGCCGUGAUGCUGGGUGGGCCCCAGGAGACGGGGCAGCUGCUGGAGCACAAGUUCGACUACAUCUUCUUCACAGGGAGUUCUCAAGUGGGCAGGAUUGUCAUGGCUGCAGCCGCCAAGCACCUGACGCCCGUCACGCUGGAGCUGGGGGGCAAGAACCCCUGCUAUGUGGAUGACAACUGCAACCCCCAGACUGUGGCCAACCGUGUGGCCUGGUCCCGGUACUUCAACACUGGCCAGACCUGCGUGGCCCCCGACUAUGUCCUGUGCAGCCCCGAAAUGCAGGAGCGGCUGCUGCCUGCCCUGCAGAAUGCCAUCACCAUGUUCUAUGGCGAAGAACCCCGGGUGUCCCCGAACCUGGGCCGCAUCAUCAGCCAGAAGCAUUUCCAGCGGCUCCAGAGCCUGCUGGGCUCUGGCCGUGUGGCCAUCGGCGGCCAGACUGACGAGAGUGACCGCUACAUCGCCCCCACAGUGCUGGUGGAUGUGCGGGAGACGGACCCGGUGAUGCAGGAGGAGGUCUUCGGGCCCAUCCUGCCCAUCCUGAACGUGAGGGGCCUGGACGAGGCCAUGAGCUUCAUCAACCGUCGGGAGAAGCCCCUGGCCCUGUACGCCUUCUCCAACAGCAAGCAGGGAAGAAUACCACAGAGGAAGGGCUGGUCUCCGGCCCCGUAUCAGAGGCACACGAGAUCCGCACACCACUGGGGAGGCCGGCCCCCGUCACUCGGCCCAGGCUGUGUCUGCCACAGCUGCCCACUGAGGGGUGGUCAAGCAAGUGCUGGCCUGGACCAGCAGCGGGGGCUUCUGUGGGAACGAUGGCUUCAUGCACAUGACCCUCGCCAGCCUGCCUUUCGGAGGAGUGGGUGCCAGCGGGAUGGGCAGCUACCAUGGCAAGUUCUCCUUCGAUACCUUCUCCCACCACCGCGCCUGUGUGCUGCGCCAGCCCGGGAUGGAAAAGAUCUAUGCUAUCCGCUACCCACCCUACUCACCUCGCAAACUAAGGAUGCUGCUGGUGGCCAUGAGGACCCGCAGCUGCUGCUGCACCCUGCUCUGAGCCCUCCUCGGGCACCGGGGCACUGAGUGACCCCCCUGGCUCACACCUCAGUCAUCCGCCACCACCAUCCGCAGCCGGUGCAGAUGCGGCCUGGGGUCCACGAUACGACGAGUCAAAGACCCUCCAAGGCUACAGCCCAGCCAGCCCUGGCCCUCCUCCCUCCCGGGGCUCCUCUUUCUGGGCCCCCGGCCUCCUCCCUCAGCUGCCCCCCAAAUGGGACAGGCCAAGAGGAGGGCACACGGCAAACUGCGCAGUAGCCUGCCCUCACCCCCCAUGCUAAGCCGCCGGUGUCCUGGGGAGGAGGGCAGAUGUGCGCACCUCCGAGCCACCCCCACCUUGUGGAGGGUGCAGAAGAAGCCGUGGCAUCUGGCCCAGGUCACACAGUGGACCUGCUGUGCCCGGGCCAUCCCUGCCCUCUCUGAACCUGUUUCCCUACCUGCACAGCAGACAUAAUUAAUCAUCGGGGCCUCCUGAGAUUAUUGUUAGGAUUAAAUCUGGGAGCUCAAUACAUAUGAUUUGUCGACCCCAAGCUCGAGAUGUCCUGUCUCC